CUGCCAGAAAAUACCGCGGCAGAAUAAGAGUGUGUCGCGGGGGUCGGAGUUUUGUUGGAGGCAAAAGGAAAGGGGGGCAGUCGUUGUCUGCUGCUGAAAACUGGACCGAACCUUAAAUUCCUUGGAUUUUUUUUUACAGUCGUAAUUGCUGUAUCAAGCAGCAGCAGCAGACAUGGACGGAGGUGAAGACCAAAACAGCAGCACCGCCACCAAUGGAAACCCUCAGACCAGUGGGAACUCUCGCACGCCCCAGAUAUCUCAGAUGUCUCUGUACGAGAGGCAGGCUGUUCAGGCCCUUCAGGCACUGCAGAGGCAGCCACACGCUGCCCAGUACUUCCAGCAGCUCAUGCUGCAGCAGCAGAUCAACAGUGCCCAGCUCCACAACCUGGCUGCAGUUCAACAGGCUACACUCGCAGCCAGCCGCCAGUCCAGUACCCCGAGCAACAGCAUGUCCCAGUCACCUACGACCGUCAACCACAGCACCACGUCUGCAGUCGGGACCAUGACUAAUCCUCGUCCUCACGGACCUGCCACCUCCGCAACAAGUCCAGCACUCAACCAGUCAGUGUUGCUGGGCGGGAACUCUGCCGGACAGGGCCAGAUGUUUCUGAGGGUCAACCGCUCUCUCAGGGCUCCACUCGCCUCUCAGCUCAUCUUUAUGCCUGGUGGUGCAGCAACUGCUACUGUGGCAACAGUGGCCCAGACACAGCCUCAGCAGCAGCAGCAGCAACAACAGCAGCAGCAGCAGCAUGAAGUUGCUUCUACACCUGGUGCACAGUCAGACAUGGACCAGGUACAGAACCUGGCUCUACACUGUGGCUCCACUCCCAGAGCAGUUACUGUCAAAUCUGAGCUGCCAGACAGGAAAGAUGUUUCCAGCUUUCCUAUUGGUCAGCAGCAGCAGCAGCAGACUUAUUCUCAGACAGCGCAGCAGCAUCAGCAGCAGCAUCAGCAGCAGGUUCAGCCACAGCAGCAGCAGCAGCAGCAGAUGGUCAAACCCAGUUUCCCUCAGCAGACUCCCACCAACGCUUUGACUGUAAAAACUGGGAACCAGGGCUUGACUGCUGCGUCUGCCGCUUCGGUAGCUCCGUCCUCCAGCUCCUCCGCCGCCCUCCCUCUCUCCCAGCUCCUCCUGUCCUCCUCUGCGGCCCCCGUCAUCUUGGUGCCCACCUCCAGUGUUCCUACCUCCACUCAGGGCUACCCGAUUGGUUCAGUGACUCCAAAGACCAACGUGAACACUCAGACUCUGGUGGUGCAGCCGCUUCAACAGAGCAACUCCUCCACAGAUAAGGGUCCAAUUCCCAUCCAGCCCAAGACCGCUCAGGGACACCGUCUGCCCGUGCAGUUACCCCCUCGACACCCUCCUCCCAUUCUCCCUGCCCCACCCAGCAACAGCCAGGCUGCCUCGGGGGCACACAACCCUCCCCACAUCCCUGUGCAGCUGGUUGGAGCCAGGCAGGGUUUAGCUGGAAACGCUCAGGCGGUGCCUCUGGCUCAGGCUCGGAGCAACACUUCUCAGGAAUGUAGUGGCAACGUUAGCAUGGCGUCAAACAGCAGCGCUUUGCAAACAAAGCCUGUCAUUGGCUCGUUGAAAAGGAAAUCCGACUGUGACCCCCCAAACGAGAUGGUCACGGAAACAUCAGACUCUGCCUCCAUGAAGGACGCGGCCCCUCCCUUAUCACCAGCUCCUACCAAGGACUCAGCUCUUCCCGCGGCCGCUGCCUUCCUGCCCCCCCCCACUCUGACCUUACCUGUGCCACUGCCAAGAGUCGGUCACGGUGACAAAGACAGAGCGCCGGUCCCUCAGGCUGUGGUCAAGCCUCAAGUUCUCACUCACCUCAUAGAGGGCUUUGUUAUCCAGGAGGGGGCGGAGCCUUUCCCUGUGGCCGGACUUCUCAAGGACAGAGACUUUGCUCUGGCGGGACGCACAGAAAACGGACCUCCAUUGCUGAAGUGUGAAUACUGUGGAAGUCUGGCACCAGCCAGUCAGUUCAGAGGCUCGAAGAGGUUCUGUUCAAACACUUGUGCUAAGAGGUAUAAUGUCAGCUGUAGCCAACACUUCAAGACCAGCAGGGGGAGGAGCGGCGCCGGACUCACGUCACCGCCCUCAGCCUCCUCUGAGGGCAGCGGGAGGCGCAGAGGCCCCUCACGGAGGAACAGCUCUAAUAUCACCUCCAAUAAAAUGUCAAACAGACACCCGCCAGUCAAGUGUCACUCUGAGUCCAGUCGGUCGGAUGACGUGUCCAGCGACGGCGAGGAAGAAGAGGAGGACGAUUCUCCUUCACUUUCACCAAGCUCCUCCCACUCCUGCUCCAGAGCGGAGCACAGCGCUCCUCAGUCGGACAGCUCGGCUCCUGGUAGUCUUCCUCUGCAGGGGGGCAACUUCCUGUCCGCCACUCCUGCUCAGUGGAGCGUUGACGAAGUCUGCAGGUUCAUCUCUUCACUCCAAGGCUGCGAGGAACUGGCUGCUCAGUUCCUGUCGCAGGAAAUCGAUGGACAGGCGCUCCUGCUGCUGCGGGAGGACCACCUCAUCUCCACCAUGAACAUCAAGCUGGGUCCUGCACUCAAGAUCUGUGCCUCCAUCAACAGCCUGCGUGAGUGA